UUUGCAUCGCACAUCUACAUUAAUCUGUCACGUAAUUACGAAACCAGCGUAAUAAAAUAAAGCGAAAGGUUUCUUAUUAGACUUCGAACUCUUGCGAAUUUCCGUGUGUUUUUAAACUGUGUGUUCUUGAAAUUGUAGUAUUAUUUUGUGUAUAAAACUCAGUGUAUUGUGCUAAAGAAAAAGACCUUUGAAUGUGUUUCUCCGUGGACAAAGUGUUUUUUAGGACCAUCAAUAUCGGAUAUUUGAGAGCGAGCGACGGUGUCCGUCGCUGCGUAUAACAUGCGCUCCAUCCUGGCGUAUUACGCCGACGCGGUAAUGGCGGCGGCGGCGCGCGGCGCGGGCUGCGCGCUUGGCUGCAGCGGCCGCGGGGACUGCCUCAACGGGACCUGCCUCUGCGAGAUCCGGUACUCGGGCGACGAGUGCGCCGGGCCCAACAUGCCUUACCACGCCUGUAUCGGCGGCGUAUUCCUACUAGUCGCCUUCGUGUGCGCCGUGCAACUAACGAUAUGCAUAGUGUCGGAGUACAGAAGACUCAAGGCGCCCACCUUCCUUAGAGCCUGCAAGGUCACCACUCAGAAGAUGCUCUACCUCGUCGCGUUCCUCGCCUCGCUCAUACGCGGGGCCUACUUCGUGUCACCUGUGAGUAACUUUUCAGCGUUCCAAGAGGGCUGGGCGACGAGUCUUCUCUCCGCUUAUUAUCCAUUGCUCCUCUCUGGCUCUUCGCUCAUCGUCUGCUUCUGGGCCGAGGUGUUCCACCUCCGCGAUAUCCGCUGGGAGCGACCCCGAUUCCUCUCCAAGUCGUUCUUGGCGUUCGUGACCUUCAACCUGAUCAGCUACUCGCUGUUGGCGGCCGAGGUCGUCACCACCAACGUUGCUGACACCACUGCUAAAGAGAAGAGCUUCUACCAGCACGUGUUCAACGGCUGCUACGCGGUGCUCCUCUUCAUCGUAGUCACCUUCUUCCUCAUCUACGGCGUCGAAGUCUAUUUCAAGCUUCGCGGUGAAUUUCUAAAGGAGACGAAGGUGUGCACAGUGAUACAACCGCGUCCGGGAACAUCAUCCGCGGCAGAUGAUGACGCGCAAGCCACGCUCGUCACCAAGCAGGGCGUCCAAACGGACAUGUCUCGCGGCGGCGCAGUCGAUCCCCGCUCGGUGGACCACUCCCAACUCCACCAGUCCAGGGUCGGGCUCGUCAGCCAGGCUUUGAUGCUCAUCCUCAUUGCUGGGUUCCUCGCCUCGGAGACGCUCAGCGAGCUCUGGAAGACCAAAGUCCCAGUGGUGUCCCGUAACUGGCACGACCUUGUGUUCCGCCUCGCCGAGAUCGGGGUCGCGCUAUGGUUCCCCUGCGUCCUGUGGAACUCCAUGGCGCCCGAGCGACUCUGGCUGCUGAACCCUCGGCGCCUGCUGGCGCGCCAGCUCGACGAUGCCAAGCUGCAGGAGUUGUUGCAGCAUCACCAGGACGCUAAGUCAGACGUCGAGACAGACUCGCUGGUGGGCAGCGUCGGCUCCGCGCGCGACUGCUGGAUCUGCUACGACAGCUCCCGGCCGGAGCCCCUCAUCCACCCCUGCCGCUGCACCGGCGACGUGUCCGCCGUGCACCACGACUGCCUCAGCCGGUGGCUGGGAGAGAGUGUCAAAACACCUGACGGCUUGAAAUGCAAGGUGUGCAACACACCCUACAUCGUCCAGGAGACCAGCAGGGUGGAGUGGGAGCGCGGGUUCACGGUGGUGCACUGGGUGCGCACGGCGCUGUGCGUGGCGUGCAUGUGCGGCGCCGGCGCCGCCGCCUGGGUCGCGGUGCAGCUGUCCACAUCCCCAGUAGUGAGGGUGCUGGCCGCCGGCGCAGCCUCGCUCGUGUGCUACGUGGCUGUGAGAUUCCUCGGCAUGAACACGGUGACAGCCUACCAGAAGGCCAAGAUCUCCUCACUCCGGAUCCUCACAGAACCAACGGAUGCCGCACAGGACGACCAGCUGGCCACCAUCAGCAAGACGGUCACCGUCGAGAUCGCUUCCAAAGCGGUCCUCGAGCGAGCUCUAAAGGGGGAGAUCAAUAAAUAACAUUGUGAACAGUGACUUUAAGAACUGAAGUGAUACCCCAGAAUCAGAAGCUAGACGGCGCAAUAUCAGUUAAUCACUGAGAAAUUAAUCCUGUGCUCUAGUGUUGUGAACAUGUGACAUCCUUAAAAACAGCUAUGUGACAUGAAUUAUGACGCUAUCUAGCGCAAAAAGUACUAGCGAUCAUCAGGAAGACAGCCACCGGGCUUAUAAAGCGGUCGCUGAACGAACUCUAUAGGGGGUGAUCAAUGAACGGCGUUUGAAAGUGUUGUAAAACUGCGUUGUAGUGACGCCCGAUUUAUUGACAGCCCUGAGAAUUAUUGUCUGCAAAAUGUGGUUGACACCCCUAAGGACUGGCCCCAGUUUAUCAAAAACAUGUAACAAAAUAUCGCGCAUUUACGCUAUAAAUGAAACAUUGAUUUAAAGUAAUUUUUAGAUAUGCAACGGAUAGUUGUUUGGCCGGAUACCGGAUGAUCGGCCUGACCAUCGGCCGAAUAUUCGGUAUCCGGCCGCCGAAUAUUCGGCCGGCGGAACUAUACCUACAUUUAGGGUUUUCAGGUGCGCAUUGUUUACUCCGAAAUCAAGCCAAGUUACUAUCACGUAUCCGGCCGGAUAGUACGUCACUAUCCGGUAUCCGGAUAUUAAAAUAAGGGCCGGAUACCGGAUAGUAACCGAAUAUCCGGUGCAUCUCCAGUUAUUUUUAAGGUGUCAGAUAGACAAGUUACCCAUUUGGUACAAAUGUAACGAUUAUAUCACAUAAAUUCGUACAUAGUUUCUUGUUUUAUAUUGAUAUUCUUUACGUAUUAUUUUUUCGCAUAUUAUGUAUAAUUUAUAAUUAAAUAGGGGUCACGGACAAUCAAAACAUUAAUGUUGUGACUUUUAUGAGUUUUUUUUUACAAAAAAGAUAUAUUUUCGUUUCCAUAUUUAUCUUUUUUCAGAUAAGUGCAUGCUGGUCAUGCAAAGUAUAUUAAAUAAAAGCACGUUUUGAAAUUAUUCUUACCAUAUUUACACUGCAAUUUUUCUCAAAAGAAAGAAGUGACCAAGUAAAACGAAAGUGUGAUGUAAAAAAAUCUUGGUAUAGUGUGUAGCUUUCAAAUAGAGCUCAACGGCUAAUCCUAUUGUUAAGUAAAACCGCACGUGCUACUUACCUGCAAAAAAGGGUCUUCAUUAUUCUAUUUGGCACCUGAGCGCGGGCUAGUCCAACGCUCAAAAAACCAGUGUAGGUGCGCUCUCCGAUAACGCGCCUUUGUUGCGCAUCUCGAUGACACAUUUUAGACUGGUUCUGUAGCGUUCGACUCGCCGGCACUCAGUAACCGAAGUGCGAAGUACGAACGAUUUUUUAUGCAGGUGGUUGUGGCACGUGGCACGAGCGGUUUUACUGAACAAUAGACAAUAGGAUUAGCCGUCGAGCUCUAUUUUAGAGCUACGCACUAUAACGUUAGUAGUUGGAGCACACAGUUAAAAAAACGUGUUUUCUAAACUAUUGUUUUUUUCGUAAAUAUUUUCAGUAUAUUAAUUUCAUAUUUUAACAGUGAUUGUCCGUGUUCCCCAAUUUUUAAAAGAGGCUGGUAAUUAAUUCAAAUUGAUAUACUUAAGUAAAAAAAAAUCAAGUGUUUUCGGAAACAAACUUAUGAAUAGAAAUAUGUCAGUGCCAAAGAUGAGAAUGGCUGGAUGGUUAUAAAAAAAAAAUGUAAUUUAUGUAU